GUAACGGCUCGUUGCAGAGAAAGCAAUGGCAGGGAUUCAUCUUGAACGAGAAAAGUUCUGCUGCUCGAUAUGCUCAUAUCUUCUCAGCAAUCCAGUGACCGUACCUUGUGGUCACUGUUUCUGCAUGAGCUGCAUUAAUAAGCACUUGGAUCAAGAGGACCAUUUGGGGAAGUACAGUUGCCCUCAGUGCAGGGAGAUCUUUGUGCAGAGACCUCCGCUGGUUAAAAAUAGCAUGAUAGCAGUUGUAGUGGAAGAGAUGAAGAAGGCUGAAGCCCAAGCUCCAUCGAAGCCGACAAAGAGUCUACUUCCACCUCCCGUGCAACCAAAAACGUUUUCUUUCAAAGCUUCUGUAGACGACAGGAAGCCUUUUGUCCAAACUCCUGCUUUUGUUACCGAUUGCUAUGCCGGACCUGAAGACAUAGCCUGCGACAUCUGCGUUGGUCGAAAGUUCAAAGCUGUGAAAUCCUGUCUGCAGUGUUUGAUUUCAUAUUGCAGGGAACAUCUCCGACCUCACAUUGACAUGCCCAGCUUGGCGAAGCACAGGUUGGUGGAAGCAACUGCAAAUCUGAAGGAGAGCAUCUGCCCUGAGCAUCAACAGGUCAAGAAGAUGUUCUGCCGCACUGACCAGCGCUGCAUCUGUUACAUCUGCUCCCAGGAUGGCCAUAAAGGCCACAACAAGAUCUCCAUAGAAGCAGAAAGGAUUGAGAGGCAGAAGGAACUCCAAGCAGUUCGGCAACAAAUCCGGCUGAAGAUCCAGGAGAGAGAAAAAGACCUGAGUUGUUUCCAAGAGGAAGAAGAGGCUGUGAACCAGUUUGCUGACAAUGCAAUUAUCAACACCGAGAAGGUUUUCUCAGAACUCAUUCAUACAAUCGAGAAAAAACUGUCUCACAUUAAAGAAAGCCUCCAAUCACGACAAAACUCUGAGGUGGYUCGCUUCACSACAGUUCGGGACAAAGUGYAGAAGGAAAUCGARGACCUGAACAGAAAAGAUUUCCAACUGGACCAGCUUUCACAUACAGAGAACCACAUUCACUUUGUGGUGAAUUAUCCUUCACUGAGUCAUCUUGAUGAGCCAAAGCACCAAAUGAAGUACAUGUUCUGCCGUCAGAGAAACUUUGAGAAGGUUACAUUGGCUGUGGCUGAGGCCAGGAAUAAACUGCAUGAGGUCCUGAAUGAAGAGUAUGAAAAGAUUCUUCAUGCAACAAAUGGAACUAAUGGUUUACCCUCAGUUGGUCGUGCAGAGCAAGAGGCUGCUGCUUUUAAUACCAGUGGUGAACCAGUACAGACCACGGACGAGUUUUUGCGGUCUAGAAUCCUACAGAACCUAGUCAGCCCCACACAUCCCUGUUCAAAUGUUUUCCAGAACAGAGAUGACAUCAGUGCUGAUGUUGCAGAUCCUAGCCAAUUUUUUGAAGCAAAAUGGCGAAACGUUUCACCAACAGUACCUACCCCUGAAAUGAAUGGACAGGACUUCUCCUUUUUGAGUGGAUUAACCCCUAAACAUUCCGUGCGCAAGUUUUCGACCAGCAGUGCUAAUAUCAAUUUUAACGGAGGACACUUGGCCGUUGCCAUUGCUACUCCUGCACAUCGCAGACAUUAUUCUCAAGACAGAAAUGACCAAGAUGACCUCAUGCAGAAAAACUUGGACUUUGGUCAGAGCAGCAGUAAUCUGGUCAAAAGCAAGUCUACUUUAAGUUUGAACAAUUUUGAGUUAGUAAAGGCUUCACCUGGCAUUUUACUGGCCAGAGCGAAUUCUAGAGACAAAUUUGACAAUUUUCAGAAUAGAGCUAACUUCUUAAGGUACGCUCAAGAAAUCACGUUGGAUCCAAAUACGGCAAACCCACAUCUGGUAAUAAACGAGAAAAGAAAUGUAGUGUAUGUAGGAGAAGAGUUGCCGUAUCCUAAGCACCCAGAAAGGUUUGCGUUUUCCUGGCAGGUCUUGAGUCGAGAGAGUUUUAACGACCGCUGCUACCUGGAAGUGAAGAGGAAUGGGAAGGGAGUUAGAGUGGCGCUCGCCUACAAGAACAUCAGCAGAAAAGGGGAUUUGAUUGACUGUACGUUCGGAGAAAACAACAAGUCCUGGGCUUUGGAUUGUUUCAAGAACAGCUGUGCUUUCAGGCACAACAAGGUGAACACUCCCAUCCCCGGCAUAUGGUCCUCCAGAGUCGGAGUGUACCUGGAUCACAGUGCAGGAGUUCUGUCCUUCUACAGCYUCAGCGACACCAUGACUCUCCUCCACAYAGUCCAGACCACCUUCACUCAGCCGCUCCAUGUUGGACUCUGGGUUUCAGACGGAGCGACUGCCAAGGUGUGCAAAUUCACCUAAACUGUAGUUUUACAGGGACGAUCAAUAGGGUUGGUCAUAAUAGUAUCGUGUGCAAUUAAACGUCAGAAAAACAUUAAUCGAUUAUCUUUUGGCACAUGACGAUUAUUACGAUUAAUGCCACCAGGCAGAGUCCGCUCGAUGCUCCUCUCCCCUUCAAAUAUGAUGAACAUUAAAAAAAAGUU